CGUUCGGCUGAACCGGAAAUAAUUAGUUGGCAUUAGCAACGUUUCGGCCGAGCCAGGCCUGAAUACAGAGAUAGCCGAGGAAAGAGAAACACACAGACAGAAGACACUGAAGAACAGGCACACGUUCCUGUUGAGCCUCAUACUGAGAUUGUGAGGCACGAGACUAUAACAGAAUGACAAGCUCCUCUACCCCUAGAAUGCACACAUACAAGAGGACUUCCAGCCCUCGAUCACCAACGAAUACAGGAGAGCUUUUCACACCAGCACAUGAAGAAAAUGUGCGCUUCAUCCAUGACACUUGGCUUUGUGUUUUGAGAGACAUUAAAUCCCCACAAAAUAGUGAACGUAAUGAUCGCGGACCACAGGAGUAUGUGGAGAAAAACCCAAAUCCCAACCUACAUUCUUUUAUACCAGUGGACCUGAGUGACCUUAAGAAGCGGAACACACAAGACUCCAAGAAGUCUUAGACCGUGCCCUCUCUUUCUGAUCCAGCCGGGGGGGUUUUUUGUCCUCCCUUUUACAUUUGGGACCUUUUUACUCUAUCAGUCUUCUGUUGGCCAACAAAUAAGAUUUGGCCACCUUAGUCCAGAAAGCUUCUCUCUUCUCUGCCUCAUGGACCUGUGAUCUGCACAUCUAUUUAUGCGUUACAUUUUCAAGAGCCGUUUGAGUGGCCAUUCCCUGUUUUUCAUGUUCAUCCGGGCUCUUUUUUUUUUUCUUUCUUUUUUUGCAGGUGGGAAAACAACAAAGACCUGUUUCAGGAUUUUUUUUCUUACUUCUUGGGUUUCGAUUUUUCUUCAUUUUUUGAUGUGGAGAUGACAAAUGGGGAAGGCAAAGAACAGUGAUGCUUAAACUGUUGGACAGACUCUACACAAACAAUGGGACGCAGUCCUGGAAUUUACUCCUUUUUCGAAACGCGUUCAUCACCCGCCGGGGAACGACUGACUGUUCAGUUAGUUUCAUAGAUUGAUUGAUUCAUAGAAGAAUUUAGCGAGUUUUGUCUGGUAGGACAGGUAAGUUUGGCUCGGCAGAUAUUUUUAGUAAAUGUACCUCCAUUUUUAACUAUGAAUUGAUACCGUCAAGAACUUUAAGUAGACUUCCAAAUCUUUCGUUCCCAGCCUUUAAAUUAAAAUUAAAAUAAAGAUUACUUUUAUGUUAUCUCAGACUCUCUGCAUUGCAUUUAUCAUGU